AUGGCACUGAAUUACGAUUAUGAUGAGACCAGUGAGACGUGGCCAUUUUUCCUAUUGACACUUCUAUUGGUGAUUCUCGUGCCCUUGACGUUAUCUCAAGUGUACAGUUUAUUCAAUGACAGUAUCGAUUCUCAGGAAAUUCAAGAUCCACGUCAGAGAUCCAUUGAGAGGAAGGUAGAACAAAUUAGCGAUUCUCAUACUGAGAGCAGUGUUUGGAGAUUUAGAAGGGCAUUUGGUAAGAGAAGCUCGAAAAUAUGGCAAAAGAGAAACAUUGUUAUUAUUGUUGGAUGGGUUCUUGUAGCAAUGGUGGUCCAAUCCAUUAGCCAAAAUGAUUCAAUUCAAGAUUCUAGGACGGUUCUCUUUGAUCCUUAUGAAAUUUUAGGUGUUUCUGCCAGCGCCGCAGAUAGAGAGAUCAAAUCUGCAUACAGAAAAUUAUCGGUUAAAUUCCAUCCAGAUAAAUUGGGUCAUGAUUUAGCUCCUGAAGCGAGAACAAAGAUGGAAGAGAUGUAUGUUCAAAUUACCAAGGCUUACGAAUCUUUAACAGAUGAAAACGUUAAGGAGAAUUAUUUGAGAUAUGGUCACCCUGAUGGUCCACAGAGUACCUCUCAUGGUAUUGCUCUACCAAGAUUCUUAGUCGAUGGUGCUGCAUCUCCAUUGGUGGUCUUAUCUUAUAUUGUUUUGCUUGCAUUGAUUAUGCCUUAUUUCGUUAGUCAAUGGUGGUCAAGAACUCAAGCCUACACCAACAAGGGAAUCCAUACAAGAACCGCUUCUCAUUUCGUUGAUAGAUUGAUAAAUUACAAACCAUCUGAAGUUAUCACCGUGGAGUUAAUUAUCCAUUGGUUAUCCGAAGCCUAUGAAUUUGAACUUCUCUACCCAAAUUUGACUGCAGAUGAUUUUGAACAAAUUUUACUUGAUCACAUUAAUAGAAGAGAUUCCUCCAAGAUUGCAGAUACUAACGCUAAGUAUAGAAUUGUGGCCAAGUGCCAUUCUCUAUUGCACGGGCUGUUAGAUAUUGCUUGCGGAUUUAGGAACACCGAUAUUGCCAUCUUUACCAUUGAAACUUUCAAAUGUAUUGUACAAGCCGUACCUCACACACCCUACCGUCAAAUUUUACAGCUACCCAAUGUCAACAAGACUAGAUUUUUGGAAGGUCUUACAGAUGAAGUCCAUACCGUGGGUAAACUUUUCACCUAUGAUGAUAAAAAAAUUGGACAAAUGUUGGGCAUUGACGAUGAAGAUCUUUUGAAGGAAACCUUGACCGUGGCGGCAAAUAUCCCACAAUUGAGAGUGCUAAAGGCAGAAUUCGUGGUCCCCGGUGAAAAACAGGUAACACCAUUGUCUACCCCACAUAUCUCUGUUAAAGUUUUAGUACAUUCAGCAAAACAAAGAGUGAUUCCAGCAGAUAAAUUCCCUGCUGAAAUGCUGGAAGAAUCUGAAGAUUUUGAACACCAAAGAGAUCCGUUUGUUAUUAUGGAGCAAGAGCCAUUAAUUCCUUAUUCAUAUGCACCAUAUUUCCCUACAAAGAGACGUAACGCCUUCUGCUGUUUGGUAGGACUACAAAAAGAUGGUAAAUUAAUUCAAACUCCUGUUGUUGUUCAAAAACUUUCUCUUGUGAACUUGGAUAAAGAUCUUGACAAGAGAACCGUUAAGGAAUUGGGACCUAGUUUCAAACCAGAAGAAUGGAAGAUCGCAACAAUCAAACUACCUCUAGGACAGCAGGCCCCAGCUGAGAAUGGUGAUGUCUAUUUCAGAGUUAUCAUAAAAUCAACAGACUAUUUCACUACAGAUUUAGACUUCAGCAUUUGCAUGCACGUCACAUCGGCUCCAGUGCAAGAACCACAAGAAGUGGAGGAAGAUGAAGAGACCGAAAACGAUUCUGCUGAGGAAGAUGAAGAAGAAGACGACGAUGAGGAAGGAAGCGAUAGUGACUACAGUGACAUCGACACGGAUACAGAAGUCGAAGAGGAUAGUGGGAAGGUUAAAAACACUUAA